GCUAGACUGGUCGCCAAGGGUUAUACCCAAAGAGAAGGUGUGGACUAUGAGGAAACUUUUAGUCCUGUUGCCAUGCUCAAAUCCAUCCGAAUUCUUCUCUCCAUAGCUGCCGCUUUAGAUUAUGAAAUCUGGCAAAUGGAUGUCAAGACAGCCUUUCUUAAUGGGCUUCUUGAAGAAACCAUCUAUAUGGAGCAACCAGAAGGUUAUGUUCUUCCUGGGCAGGAGAAUAAAGUUUGCAAAUUAAAUAGAUCCAUAUAUGGGCUUAAGCAAGCUUCUCGCUCAUGGAACAAAAGGUUUGAUGAGAUCAUCAAGACCUACGGCUUUCAUCAGAAUGAAGAUGAACCUUGUGUUUACCAACUCAAGGAAAACCAAGUAGUAGUAUUCCUGGUCCUUUAUGUUGAUGACAUUUUGAUCAUUGGAAACAAUGUCAAGAAAAUGACUCAUUUCAUUUUUCAUCAUAGAUGUAAAGAGUUGAAGUUGAAUCAUCUCAUGUUUGCGGAUGAUGUGCUCUUAUUUUGCAAUGGAGACUACAAGAGCAUUAUUUACUUGCUUCAAGGGCUCAAACUGUUUUCACAGACCUCAGGUUUGCAACCAAACCCUUCUAAAUCUGCUAUAUACUGCCAUGGUAUGCAUCAUUCAGAGAUGCAAAGGGUCCUGGAUGCUUCAGGAUUCCAGAAAGGAGAGCUUCCAUUCACUUACUUAGGGAUUCCUAUCAGCCCUAAGAGACUUUCACCGAAGGAAUGUUCUACUUUGGUUGAAAAGAUGACACAGAGGAUCAGAGCAUGGAGUACUCGCCAUAUCUCAUUUGCAGGUAGAGCUGUUCUAAUCAACUCAGUUCUCUUGGCAAUACACACUUAUUGGAGCCAGGUAAUGCUACUUCCAAAGAAGGUGAUCAAAGAGAUUGAAAAUAUUUGCAAAGCUUUCUUAUGGAAGGGUCAACACAUGAUGAUAGGAGCUGGGCAAAUUGCUUGGGAACAUGUUUGCCAAUCAAAAGCUACUGGGGGGAUUGGUUUCAAAAAAGUUGCUGAAUGGAACAAAGCUGCAAUGUUUAAGUAUAUAUGGGCAAUAGCAACAAAAGAGGAUAACUUGUGGGUAAAAUGGAUACACAGUGUAUACAUUAAAGAUAAAGAAUGGUGGAGCUAUGAGAUUCCUCAAACAGGUAGUUGGUAUUGGAGGAAGAUUGUAGCUCUCAAGGGCCUACUAUUGAACCUAGUUGAUCCUACAACCUUUGUUCUGAAAAAGUACAUUGUUGCAGAUGGUUACAAGUGGCUUUGCCCCACGGUUUCAAGGGUCAAUUGGAGUAACGAAGUUUGGAACCGUUUGAAUACCCCAAAGCACAGCUUUGUCUUCUGGCUUGCCAUUCAAAAUAGAUUAAAGACCAGAGAUAGGCUGCUCAGAUUUCAGAUCAUCACAGAUCCUUCAUGCUUGCUUUGCUCGGGGAAUGCUGAAACUUGUGAGCACUUGUUCUUUCAAUGCCCUUUCUCUUCAGAUUGCUUACAACAGAUCAAGAACUGGCUGGGAUGGAAGACACCAGCAUCAUCCUUAUGGGACUUGGUGCGUGUAAUAGAAAAAAGGUCAUACUCUGCUUUCCGGAAGCAGGUUUUUGCUGCUGCUUGUGCUGCUCUUUUGUACCAAAUAUGGAGGAAUAGGAAUGCUCGACUGUGGCAGAAAUCCCAUGAAGAUCCGAAGACAAUUGUACAGAUGAUUAAACAUACAUGUAAGAAUAGAAUACAAAGUAUAUGGCCCAAAAAAGUGUCCAUAAGUGAUACAAAUUGGUAUAGUGAGUUGUAA